GUUUUAAUCAUUUCCUGAUCAACUUCGAAAGAGAAAAAUGGUUAGAGCUCCUUGCUGUGCGAAGAUGGGGUUGAAGAAAGGGAUUUGGACUCCAGAAGAAGAUCACAUACUUGUCACUUACAUUGAGCAGCAUGGCCAUGGAAACUGGAGAGCUCUCCCAAAACUAGCUGGUUUGUCAAGGUGUGGAAAAAGUUGUAGACUCAGAUGGACAAAUUACUUGAGGCCAGAUAUCAAAAGAGGAAAUUUUAGCAAGGAAGAAGAAGACGAAAUCAUCAACUUACAUCAAAUAUUGGGAAAUAGAUGGUCACAAAUCGCAGCGAGAUUGCCUGGUCGGACAGACAAUGAAAUAAAAAAUGUAUGGCACACCCAUUUGAAAAAAAAGUUGAAAUCGAACCAAACCGAACCAGACUCUAAUCCAUAUUUCUACUCUAUCAAAAUGGAGCAAGAGCUAGACCCCGUUGCUGAUUCUUCACAUUGUGCAAAAUCUGAGAGCUUGGAUUGUCGGCCCGUUUCGCCGUCUCAAUGUACUUCAAGUGGCACAUCAUCCGUCACGACCGGCGACAACUACAACAACAAUAACUAUGCAUGCAUGAAAUUUGAUGAUUACCAAACAACUUUACCGGUGGCGGAUGAUAGUUUUUGGUCGGAAGUCUUGUCAGCUGGGAAUUCUGAUGAGAUUGUGAAUGAGUUUCAGGCAUUUGGUGGUGAUCCACGAGUGAAUGUAGGACCUACUGAUGGUGGUUUUAGUUUAGAUAUGUACAAUGACAACAACAUGGAUUUUUGGUUUAAUAAUUUCCUGGGAGCUGAGGAAAUUCCGGAAUUGUUAGAAUUUGAUAUGUCAAUAAGGAAGGCUGUUUUAUGAUUUUGUUCAUGUAGUUGUGAGUUGGCAAAAAGAAAUUUAUUUUUGUAGAUGUCAA